AUGGCUGGCCCGAGAUUCAAUGAUCCUGUCUAUGGCAGCAGCGUUGUGACAGGGAUCAGUGCAACAGGCAACGCUCACCAAACCUUCAACUUCAAUCAACAUCUUGAAUCGAGACCGUUCAUUCUGUUUCCUUAUGAAAAAAACGAAGAUUAUGUUCCCCGACCUGAGAUAUCAUCCAAACUUGAGGAAUUUCUGCCAAAGAAUUCCGACGAUUUUCGAAGCGCCGCUCUUUGGGGUCUUGGAGGAUCUGGAUACGGAAAAAGGCAAUGCUCCGUCUUUUGGGUUCAUGCGGACAACGAGGCGACUUUUGCACGAGACUAUGGCUCAGUCGCGAGCGUGCUGGGGACGAGCACUCAAGGCUCUGAGCAUGAACUUCUACAAAACGUUCGGCAUAAGAUUGAGUCAUUGCCUAGAUGGCUACUUAUAAUCGACAAUGCCGACGACUUAUCCCUCUUUGGCGUCGGUUCAACAGUAAGAAACACCAGAAGGAUCAUGCAUUACAUCCCCAAAGGCCCAAAUGGCACUAUCUUAUGGAUCAGCCGCGAUGAAGCAAUUGUUGGGAGUCUCGUCGGCGCACGGAGAGGUAUCGCUGUCCCGAGGAUGACUUCAGAUGAAAGCAAGGCAUUACUCGAGUUGACAAUGCCCCAGACAAUAAGCGACGACGAGCUAGAUGAUGCUGUUUUGUUACUUGAAGAGAUGCAGUUCCUGCCGCUCGCUAUUUCCCAAGCUGGGGCAUACAUGCGAAGAACAGAGACGUCCGUCAGCCAGUAUCUCAACAACUUCAAAGAAGACACAACGCGUCGGUGCAUGCUCAAAGAACCCGAGUUCGACAGAUACAGGUUACACAACGGUUCAAACAGCAUUCUUGAGACUUGGAAGCCUUCGAUUCGUCGCCUUCACCAAGAGAACGAGUUGGCAUACAAGAUUCUGCACAUCCUAGCCUACGUGGAUAACCAGACCAUCACUGAGCAGGUACUGGACGCAGCCGCCGCGUAUCGAGAAACAAAACCGACGGAAGUCAUAUCUGAGAGUAAGAAGAGAGAAGCGAUAUGCCGACUCAAGAACUUCUCUUUCCUAAUAGAGCACCACCUUGGCGAUAAUGAACGGACUUAUGAGAUACAAAAGCUCGUUCAAGAUGUCAUACGGCACAAUCUACGAAACGCAAGCAUAUUGGACGGACACGCGAACAACACGAAGAAAGACUCCCAUUGUUUAGGAGCGUGUAUCAAGAGACGUUUUGGGAAUAAUGGAAGCAGCAAAGCAGUUAGGAGGCAGGGAGAGGAGUACUUUGCCAGUGCAGCAGCAGCUGUUGUUGCAAGCGCUUAUCAAUACCAGACUCGUCUCAAACCGGCGUAA